GUGGGAAACGUCUUCAUCCGGGUAUGACCCUCCUGUGACUGCCUGGUCACGUGACGAACCCGGAAGCGCGACGAUGGAGAAAAGCUAGGAAAGUGUGUUUGUGUAGGUCCUGCCCUGGCAGUGGCUUGCUCUUCGCCUACUGUGCUUUUUUUGUCUAAUGGCAGCGGUUUGGCAGCAGGUUUUGGCAGUGGACGCAAGGUACAAUGCUUACCGCACGCCCACCUUCCCACAGUUCCGAACUCAGUACAUCCGCCGCCGCAGCCAGCUGCUUCGAGAGAACGCCAAGUGCGGCUUUGAGCCGGGGCUGCGCAGGCAGUAUCUGAGGCUGCGUAGUCAGUUGCUGGCUCUACGCUACGGGCCGCUGUCCGAGCAGAGCAGCUUCAGGGCUAGCAGUGUGCGCAGUUCCCGCACCACACUGGACCGCAUGGAGGACUUUGAGGAGGACCCCCGCACCCAAGGGGCUCGUGGCCACCGGCGGUCCAUCAGUAGAGGCUCUUACCAGCUGCAGGCCCAGAUGAACAGAGCUGUCUACGACGAAAGGCCUCCGGGCAGUUUGGUACCAACCUCGGUGGCAGAAGCGAGUCGAGCCAUGGCUGGGGACACGACUUUGAGUGAAAAUUACGCCUUUGCUGGAAUGCACCACAUAUUUGACCAACAUGUCGAUUCUGCAGUACCACGAUUGCAGUUUGCCAACGACGACAAGCACCUCCUGGCUUGCUGCUCGCUGGACGGCACCCUGUCCAUCAUGACCCUGUCCCCGCCUCCGCCCACCGUCAAGGUGAUUCUGAAAGGCCACGGAGGCCCCGUCACAGACUUUGCUUGGUCCCUCAGCAACGAUGUCAUUGUGUCGACGUCGCUCGACGGGACCCUGCGGAUCUGGAACACCGAGGACGGCCGGUGUAUCCGAGAAGUUCGAGACCCGGAAUCCAGCGAGCUACUCUGCUGCACUUUCCAGCCGAUGAAUAACAACCUCACUGUUGUGGGCAACAGUAAGCAUCAUCUGCAGGUGGUAAACAUCUCCACGGGCAAGAAGGUGAAGGGUGGCUCCAGCAAGCUCACCGGCCGCGUGCUGUCACUGUCCUUUGACUCUCCAGGGAGGAUUCUCUGGGCGGGCGACGACAGAGGCAGCAUCUUUUCCUUCCUCUUCGACAUGGCCACAGGGAAGCUGACCAAAGCGAAGCGUCUGGUGGUGAGCGAAGGCAGCUCCAUCUGCAGCAUUUCUGCUCGCUCGUGGAUCAGCCGAGAGGCACGAGACCCCUCCUUGCUGGUCAAUGCCUGCGUCAAUAAGCUGCUGCUCUACAGGGUUAUGGACAACGAAGGCGGGCUGCAGCUGAAGAGAAGCUUCCCCAUCCAGCACGGCUCAGAGCUCGUUCACAGCAUCUUCUGCCCUCUUAUGUCUUUUAGACAAGGCGCCUGUGUCGUGACGGGAAGUGAGGAUGCCUGCGUGUACUUCUUCGACGUGGAACGUAACACCAAGGCCAUCGUCAACAAGUUGCAAGGUCACGGCGGCCCCGUGCUCGACGUCAGCUUCAACUGCGAUGAGAGUCUGCUGGCCUCCGCUGACUCCACGGGCAUGGUGAUCAUCUGGAGGCGGGAGCAAAAGUAACGCAAGAACAGGCUUCAUAGUGGCCAAUCCAAAAAAAAAAACGCUGCUGUUCCCUAACCGCCUGUGGAUGUCUUUUCACUGUAACGAGCUGCUUUUCGAUUUUGAAGUCAUUCUCGUCACUUUGCUGUGUAGGAGGUGUUUUGGAAAAGUCAGGUGUGCGUUGUCAUUGUGUGCAAGUGAGCUUUUCUGUAUUCUGAUGUUUCUUCCCUGUGGUGUCUCCAGAAACAUUCCAACACUGUCAGUCUCACUGCUGUAGUUAUGGUAUUCAUGCAAUACGUGGAAUCAAAAGGCCUUUUUUGCUUUUCAGAUGUGCUCUGCCCUAUUUGGAUUUGAGAGCAUGAGCAUUAUGCAUGUUCUAAGUUUCUUUGUGCUUAUUUGUGUAUUUAUUGCAGAUGCUUAUGGAGCAAGAUAAUACCCAUGCAAAAAUAAACGACUGCAACUGAC